AUGAUAGUGGAAGAUGAAGAUAAAAUUGCGGAAGACGAUGAUUUGGACUGGACUGCUGACUGGACAUAUCUUGAUUCUGUUUCUGAUAAAGAAAAAAUUGAUGAGAUUAUCAAUUUUCUUCCUGGUAAUGUUUUUGGAAAGGUUCUAGCCUUGAUUAACCAGGCAGUGAACAAACAUAAAUUUGGUAAAGGACUUGGCCUUGGGGGAAAAAAUUCAAUGAUUGUGAAUCAGGCUAAAGUUCAACUAUGA